UUUGGACCUGGAGGAGGCAGGGUGAGAGAGCAGAGAUGCAGCGAUAUAGAGGCAGACAUAAGUGUUUUUAUCUGAUGGCAAAACAGAAGCUGCUGUGCCCUGCCCACCCUGUCAGCAUGCAGCGGCCGCAGCAUGUGGGUCGCCCGAGUGCUUGCAUCUUAUGGGAAGAACAACAUGUGGAUGGUGUGGACAAUAGGACCACAAAUCAUUACUUCCACAUUGAUGCUCUCCCAGGCCUGGACAGCCGUCAUCCUCACUUCCUGCUUGUGUCAGGGGCUUCCUCUCUUCAGUCGGGGGCUCAGUUGGACCUAAGUCAGGUGGCGACAUGUGGAGAUCAUCACCAAUCAUUCCCUCAGUAUAAGAAGACCGGUCUGAGAUCCACUCGGCGCCAGAUCGAUCGUUUUCCCUCGUUGCUUGCCUCAACCAUUCUGCCGCCUGCCUGCCUGCCUGCCUGCCUGCCUGCCUGCCUGCACUGUGUUGGAUUUGUUUGUUCCCUCGGAGGACGCCAUCGCCAGGUGGAGGAACGUCACGUAUCGUACUGGGACUGUGGGAUUCACUCUGCACACUCUGGAGAGCUCACCACCACCCACCUCUCACCACUGAGACCCCGGACACGCCACCCAAAGCGCGCCUUGCACUGUAUAUUAUCUUACACAUUAAAUCACGUUAUAUUUGAUCCCGUGUUGUGUCUUGCAUUUGGGUCCAGUUCCCCGUGUAUCAUUCGUGACAGCGUCCUCUUACUUCAAGCUUUUUGGUUCUGAUGCCUGCAUGUGAUCUGUACCAACAAUCUUCCCUGUCAGCAGAUCUGUGCCUUAAUGAACUCAUGUAUUUAAUCAAAGGCAAUGGAAUUCUUAAGUCAUUUUUCAUUCAAAAUCUAAAUACAAUUGUUUUUUUUAAAUCAAUACACUGGCAUCACAAACUGUUUAAAACUGUCUUAUUAUACAAAUAGAAUUGUAUUUAAAACUUUUGGUUUAAAGGCAUAAGGAAUUAAGACAAAUUGUAUUGUGGAGUGAGCGUUCAUUUGGAAUUUCCAAAGAAAGAGUUUUGGACACAACUUUAACACAGGUCUGAGGGGGGAAAACAUGCAGCCCAGAGACUGAGGGAGAGAGGGGAGGGGUGAGAAAUGUGUCUGUGGGGAGGAUACCACAGUUUGAAAUCACAAUUGAAAUUGAAUUCAAAACUCAUGAAGCCUUGUGUUGUUUUGAAUAUAUGAAUUGGUAUUGUCUUGUGUUUCUGAUGCCGCUAUGAUUUGAUUUCCAUCCUUUGCCCUUGAUCUGCAGGUGAAAAACCUUUUUGUUUUAGACUUCUACAAAUGGGGUCUGUUGAGAAUAAAAACUUCUUCAGGUCCAAUUCUGUGGCUGGUUCAGAUGAGUUUUAUUCACUGCCCAGUGGAGACAGAAAAUCACAGCAAGGCAAUACAGUUCACAUCAAGGCAAGACUAAAGCAAUGGUCAUUGGACAUGUCAAUUUACAACACAUGUGUUUCACUCGGGAGGUAGCCAUUUGGCCCAAACGCCUGAAUUCUCUGUCUGUCCUGUUCCUGAAUGAAUAGAUCAAGAAUAGAACAGGUAUCUGAUAAUCAACGUGAGUAUCAGCACAGGGCUUCCUGUUAAGCAGAAACUAGGAAGUCCAUCGGCAUUCACAAAGACAGAAAGAAAGAAUUAAGGCUCAUUAUAUCAUAUAUACAUUUUUGUCUCUGUUUUUCAUUUAUCAAUUCUCCCAAAACGUUGUCAUCAGCAAAAAUGUAGUAUUUUGGGGAUUUUGUCAACUUCAACAUUUUAAGAAAGAAGAAGUAGAAAGAAGAGUCCGAAGGUCCAUCUGUGUUACAAAUAUGAGGACAUCCUUAGACAUCAUUAGAUUUUGCUGGUGUCAACACUUUCCCUUUUGGCACGACAGCUUUGCUUGUUACGCAAACACAGAAUCACACUUGACUUGUAAUAAUUCCCUUGCACCUAAAUAUUACAUCUUCGUGGCUAACCUAUACCUGGAACCACUGCAACCCAAAUCAAAGGCUCGAUCACGAAUCAGUCAAAGGGAUUAACUACCAUUAAUCAUAAUGUCCGGUCAUGGGUUUAAGGAAAUAUUAUUAAUGAGUCACAAGGUGUGGGCGUACGAAGAGAGCUGUGUCUUGUGGUCGUGGUUAGACAUACAUGUCAUACAGAUGCAUACAGGUCUGUUGUACUCCCCCCUCUGGGCUCUGCUGACCACAAUACUGUUCAGCUCAUCCCGGCAUACAUUCCUAUUAUGAGGAGAGUUAAGAAGGUCACUAAGAACAUCAAGCAGUGGACUAAUGGCAGCAUUCUAGCUCUCCAAGGAUGUUUGGAAUCCACAGACUGGAGUAACCUUUUAACCCCCUCCGACAACCUCGAUGAGCAAGUGGACACUGUCUCCUCUUAUGUCUCAUUCUGUCCAGCCCAGAAAAGUCACUUUUCUGGGCUACAUUGUG